AUGACUGCCGCACAUGAUACCCCCAGCCGUGGAGCUGGCAGUGGUUCUCAUGAGCCGAUGAGUCCGACAGAUACGAACCCGUAUCAGAGUCCGGACCAUGCACGAGAGGAACACGAUGAUGAUUCCGAGGACUCGGACAUUCAGCAUAACCAUUAUCCUGGCAUGGGUAGCUUCCAGGUCGACCAUUCCCACCCUGGUGUUCACAACGCGUUUGGUGGCCUUGGCGGACUGGGAAGAGUGGGUGCAGGGCCAUUUGAAGCUGCCGCGAGCGAUCGCAGUCAAACUUCAAGCGUUGGUCCAGCAAGAGGCUUCCCUACCCUGCCGGGACUGGGUGGCCUUCCCGGCCUAGGAGGAUCUGCAGCCUGGCCAACAGGGCAACAAUCUCUGGGCACACCCAUUCGGGAACGUGCUCUAGGAGCAUUCGAGCAUGGCUUUGGAAAUGUUGUCGAAGCACAGUCGCCUUCUCUUGCUGGUCUGGGUAGUAGCUCGUUGUUCGGAGCCGCGCACGGUAACGUGGGUCGUUCAAGCAGAUUGGGCUCGCUCUUCCCAGCUUCUAUGCAGAAUGAUCCAAACCGAAACCAUCUUGAUGAUAAUGCAUCACAUGGUGAUAGGCAGCAGAGUAUGACGGGUACCUUUGGCAGAAACGCCUUCGGUGCCGCUCAGGCGCACGGUGGCGGCAUGCCCACACGCGACACCGAGAGCCCCUUCCGCCCGAAUCGUAGCUUGUUCGACGAUUUUUCAGCAGCCGCUGAUGAUCACCAAGGCGGUGGAUUCGGUCAAGCAUCCGGAGCAGGGCAGCCUACAAGUCUAGCUACCACGUCACUUUCCAUGGCUACCUUGAACCAGACGAGGACAGCACAGCCUUCCACUUCAAGUGUGGGUAGUCCCGCGUCCAGCCAGCCCCCUGUGCCGCAACAACGUACUAUGGUCAUGCCUGAUAGGAUGAGGUGGAUUUAUCGCGAUCCUGCUGGCCAGACUCAAGGUCCCUUCUCUGGUCUGGAAAUGCACGACUGGUACAAGGCCGGUUUCUUCUCCCCAGAAUUGCUUGUCAAGAAGCAGGAGGAGCCCGAGUAUGAGCCACUUGCUCAGCUCAUCCGAAGAAUAGGUAAUUCGCGUGAGCCCUUUUUGGUUCCUCAGAUUGGCAUCCCACAUGGCCCGCCUACUGCUCAACCAGGUAAUGCCUGGGCAGGAGCAGGGCCAAGUGGUACAGCACCCACACCUGGCACGCAGCCACCCUUCGCCAACAGUUUCCCCAGCUUUGGCACGACCCUGACUGCCGAGCAGCAGAAUGCUCUCGAGCGUCGAAAGCAAGAGGAGCAAUAUCUCAUGGCCCGGCAAAAGGAACACCUAGCGGCACAACAGCAAGCGCUUGCCCGACAGGCACACCUGGGAGGUAUGAUGCCUAAUCAGCUGCAGCACCACUCUAGCGCCCAUAGCCUCCAUAGUCAGCCAAGUUUUGGGAGCAUUACUUCACCCGGCGGAUAUCAGGCCUCUCCAACUCAAGCUCCUGCGCCAGGAGCAUCUGUUCCUGGCUUGCUUGACACUGCCUUCCGAUCCGGCCCUGGUGCUGUGCCAGGUCUAGGCCCCAUUGGUCCGGGCAUGGACGCCAUGAAUAACAUGCGAGAAGAGGACAUUUCUGGUAUGAUGGAUCGUCUGAACAUGGGACGGACUGGUCAGCCUGGGUUUGGCACUGCGCCGCCAAACUUUGGACAGCAGCCGCUGGACUCGAGUACACACGCGCAGCAGGUAGUGAAUAUGCUCAACGACCGAGCUCGCCUUCAGCGCGAACAAGCCGAACACGACAAUCAACAGCGCUUUGGGACCGAUGAUCAACAGGCCCAAGCGUUUAGUGACCGCUUGCAGCAAUUCAACGAUCUUAGAGUGCAGACCGACAUGGGCCACAACAAGGUCGCACCCCCAGAGGGCGUCAUCAGCAAGCCUUCUGCUCAUGCUAGUAGCUCGCAGAAUCAGCAAGCCGAGUCAGCAUCAUCUGAGCAUGGAGACCACCGGGCUGAUAACGAGUCCAAGCACGAUACAUCGGCGAAUGGUCAAGAGCCGUUAUCUCUCACAGAGCAAGUCCAAAAGGCAGCUUCUGCCAAGCACACCCCUCAACCGGCGUCAGCUUGGAACAAGGUUGAGCCAGCCCUCUUCCCAUUUCCACCACCCCCGUCUCAGUCUCCUCUUCCGGCUCCUGCUGCGCAGCGAAAGCCCAUCGUGGCUGAGAACCUGAAUACCGAGUCUCGGUCUGGCGCGGCAACUCCUGCGGCCGACACUCCGAGUGCUUCAGUAGCUCCAUGGGCCAAGGAGCCUACAGAGCCUGCCCGAGGACCUUCUCUCCGGGAAAUACAAGAAGCCGAAUACAAGAAGGCUGCAGAGCGUGAAGCUGCUGCAGCUGCAGCUCGUCGUGAGGCUUUUGAGAAGGAGUUGGCACAAGCUCAGGUGCACAAUUCUACUGCCCUACCUGGUCUUCCCUCCACUGCCAACUGGGCCAGUGGUGCUUCUCCUGCCACCCCUGUGGGGCCUGGUGCGUCUGCCUGGACCAAGCCCGUCGCAAGUAAGGUCGCCCCACAGCCCACACCAAACUCAAAAAAGACCCUCCAGCAGAUCCAAAAGGAAGAAGAGGCUCGUAAGCAACGCGCCGUCGCCCAAGCAGCAGCAGCUGCAAGCACUGCGGGUGCUGCCGCCCCAACCCCAUCUGCGGGCAAACGUUAUGCUGAUUUGGCUGGCAAGGGAGCCCCUGGGCUCUCUAACAUGCCCGCUGGAAGCAGUGCCUGGACGACGGUUGGCGCGAGUGGCAAAGUCAAGGCUCCUGGCGGUGCCCCAACUCCUACACCCACAGCAGUCCGUUCCGCAAGCUCUUCCAUAGUGCCAUCAGCUGCCAAGAAGCCGGCCGUCUCACGUAGCACCACCAUUGGAGGUCCAUCGGGCAAAGUCAAUGCAGAAGAAGAGUUCCGCAAGUGGGCUGUCAACGAGCUUCGCCAUGAUCUCAACAAGAACAUCAAUGCCGAAGAGUUCGUGUCUUCUCUCCUCAGCUUUCCGGCUGACAUUGAGCUCCUCACCGAAUCCGUUCACUCGGCCUCGGAAACGCUCGACUCGCGCCACUUUGCCGAGGAAUUCCUGCGCCGCCGCAAGCUCGCUGACAAGGGCAUCAUCGACGACCGCAACACGUCGUCUCCAGCUGAGAACAAGGCCGCAGGUAGCGCCUGGCUCGAAGUGGCGAAGAAGGGGGGCGCAGGUGCAAGUGCAGCCCAGCACCAGCCGCAGCAGGCCCUCGAUUCGGGCAACUUCAAGGUUGUUGCCCCGAAGAAGAAGACGAAGCGGUAG